AAACAUGAAUGAAAUAGGUUUCUUUCUGGGAUAGCGUGCUGGUUAGUGUGGUCUUUGUGAGAUUCCGCCAUGGCGUACCGCGGCCAGGGCCAGAAAGUGCAGAAGGUGAUGGUGCAGCCCAUCAACCUCAUCUUCAGAUACUUACAAAAUAGAUCCCAGAUUCAGGUGUGGCUCUAUGAGCAAGUAAAUAUGCGGAUAGAGGGCUAUAUCAUUGGUUUUGAUGAGUAUAUGAACCUUGUAUUAGAUGAUGCUGAAGAGAUUCAUUGUAAAACAAAGUCAAGAAAACAACUGGGUCGGAUCAUGCUAAAAGGAGAUAACAUCACUGCUACAAAGUGUCUCCAACUAGAAAUGACCAGUGAAGUGAGAAAUUGUCGAAAGGGCAGUACCGGAUUUGGAGGCAUACUGUGUUGGUUUUGUAGUUCUGAAACAUUUGUUGGUGUGGUGGUGGUUACCUUUAUGUUGUUUCAAAAUGAUAAUAAAUGGUGUUGUUUGGUGGUGUUUUUAUUAAAAAAAAAAAACAUGAAUGAAAUAAAAGGGCCACACAUGGGCCAAUGAUGACAUUAUGUUGCA